AUGUCUCAUCACAGGAAGCGUGUUUAUCCUCAGGCCCAAGUGCAGUAUGCUCAGGACGGGUUUGGGCAGCAGCCUAUGAUGGCCGCAGAUGCUGGCUAUCCGCCGACGGGAAGCCCCGCUAUGUAUCCUCAGCAGCCUCAAGGUGCACCUCAAGCGCCUCUCCAGCAGCAAUUCUUUACUCCAGUUCAACAGCAGCUUCAUCAGCAAAUUGAUCAGGCAACAUCUGCUAUGGACAACAUGCAGUUGCAUAACGUCCCUGCAGUUGAUCCAAACACUUUUUAUCAACAGCAACAGACUACUGCUGCCCCUCAAGGCUAUCCACAGAUGCAGUAUCAGCAGCAGGCGGCUGGCAUUCCAUCGAGAGGUUCGAAACCAAUGAAUCAAUUAUACCCCAUUGAUUUGCUCACAGAAUUGCCUCCACCUGUCAAUGAUCUAACCUUGCCUCCUCCACCAAUGAUGGUUCCUCCAGAGAAAGUUUUAGUUCCAUCUGAAGAGGCUAAUGCUCCUACAGACUACAUUAGAUGUACGUUGAAUGCCGUUCCCAAGAGCAAUUCGUUACUGAAAAAAUCGAAAUUACCUCUGGCUUUGGUUAUUAGACCUUAUCAACAUUUGCAAGAUGACAUCAAUCCACCUCCUUUGAACGAAGAUGGUUUGGUUGUUCGUUGUCGUCGUUGUCGUUCUUAUAUGAACCCAUUCGUUAAUUUUACUGAUCAGGGAAGAAGAUGGCGAUGCAACUUUUGUCGAUUAGCAAAUGACGUUCCAAUGCAAUUUGAUCAAACCAUGUCUGGUGUGCCAGCCAAUCGUUACGAUAGAAAUGAAGUGAAAUAUGGUGUGAUGGAAUACUUGGCUCCAAAGGAAUACACUAUGAGACAACCUCCUCCAUCAACUUAUGCAUUCAUCUUGGAUGUCUCCCAGAAUGCCAUCAAGUCAGGUUUGUUGGCCACAGCAACUAGGUCUUUGUUAGAGGUGUUGGAUUCUUUGCCUAAUCAUGACUCUAGAACCAGAGUCUCCAUCAUAUGUGUGGACAACGCCAUUCAUUACUUUUCCAUCCCACUUGAUGAAGAUUCUGACCAGGUCAAAAUGAUGGAUGUCUGUGAUUUGGAUGAGCCAUUUUUGCCACUACCAACCUCAAUGGUGGUUAAUUUGAACUCUAGCAGAAAAAAUAUCGAAAAGUUGUUAAAUCAAAUUCCUGAAAUUUUCCAGUUCAACAUUAUGAGUAAAUUCGCGCUAGGACCUGCAUUGAAAUCUGCCUAUAACCUAAUCGGCGGAAUCGGUGGUAAGAUAAUUGUUGUCUCUUCUACUUUGCCUAACAUAGGAAUUGGUAAGUUGCAAAAGAGGAAUGAGAAUGGUGUUGUCAACACAUCCAAAGAAUCGUCUCAAUUGCUCACAUGUCAAGACUCUUUCUACAAAUCAUUUACCAUUGACUGCAGUAAAUCUCAAAUUACAGUCGAUAUGUUCUUGGCUUCGGAAGAUUAUAUGGAUAUCGCAACUCUAUCAAACUUGGGUCGCUACACUGGUGGUCAAACUCACUUCUACCCAGGCUUUUCUGCAGCUAAAUUAACUGAUGUCACCAAAUUCACCAAAGAAUUCUCAAAACAUUUGUGUAUGGAUAUUUCCAUGGAGACUGUGAUGAGAGCUCGAGGCACAUCAGGCCUAAGAAUGAACUCGUUUUAUGGACACUUUUUCAACAGAUCUUCUGACUUGUGUGCGUUUUCUACAAUGCCAAGAGAUCAAUCUUAUGUUUUCGAAGUAGCAAUGGACGAAACUAUCGUUGGCGAUUACUGUUGCUUCCAAAUUGCUGUUCUACUAUCAUUGAACACCGGUCAACGUAGAAUCAGAGUUAUCACGGUCUGUUUGCCAACUACUGAAUCUUUGGCUGAGGUUUACGCUUCUGCCGACCAAUUGGCAAUGACGUCCUAUUUCACCCAAAAGGCAGUUGAAAAAGCUGUCAGCUCAAGUCUGGAGGACGCUAGAGAACUGCUUAACAGGGCGGUUCAAGACAUUCUAGCUGUCUACAAGAAGGAAAUUGUCGUCUCGAAUACUGCUGGUGGUGCACCACUAAGGUUGUGUGCCAACCUCAGGAUGUUCCCAUUAUUAAUGCAUUCCUUGACGAAACAUAUGGCAUUCAGACCAGGCAUUGUUCCAAGUGACCAUAGAGCAGCAGCAUUGAAUAAUCUAGAGUCCAUUCCUUUACCAUACUUGAUCAAGACAAUUUAUCCAAAGGUCUAUUCCCUGCAUGAUAUGCCCGAUGAAGUUGGUUUUCCCGAUGAAAAUGGACAUAUCGUUCUGCCAGAACCAAUAAACGCCUCUGCAUCUUUAUUCGAAAGAUACGGUUUAUAUUUGAUUGACAACACAACGGAACUCUUCCUGUGGAUUGGUGGUGAUGCGGUCAGUGAGUUAGUCACCGACGUCUUUGGUGCCCCUGACAUUUUCGAGGUGCCAAUUGGGAAACAGGAACUACCGGUUAUUGAGGGCUCAGAGUUCAACAACAGAAUAAAAAGUAUUAUAUCCAAGAUCAGAGAGCAUGAUGACGUUAUCACGUACCAAUCUCUAUACAUCGUAAGAGGUGCUUCUCUGAGCGAACCUGUCAACCAUGCUUCUGCCAGGGAAGUGGCUACAUUGAGAUUAUGGGCCACAAGCUCUUUGGUUGAAGAUAAAGUGCUUAACAGCGAGAGUUACCGUGAGUUCCUACAAAACACAAAGAUGAAGAUCACCAAAUAA